GGAGAAAAUCGUAUAUUAUUAACAGAGUAACAGGCUGUAUAAGUGAUGAGCUGCCUUACUGACGGAGUGGCAGCAAUAUAUGUGGUCUGAAUCGCAUUUAUAAGAACAAUCAUACUAGGAAUCUUCUCCUCAACUCCUCGGGUAACGAUGGAUUUAGCGGAUAACAAGGUAAUCAAUGUGGGUCUUCUGCUCAUUGCCACCCUGGUGGCGGCGAAGCUGAUCGCCGCCCUAAUCUUGCCCAGAUCCAAGAAGCGGCUGCCGCCGACGGUGAAAACGUUGCCGGUGGUGGGCGGGCUGGUCCGGUUCUUGAAAGGCCCGAUUGUGAUGCUCCGGGAAGAGUACGCGAAGCUGGGCAGCGUCUUCACCCUGAAUCUGGUGAACAAGAACAUCACUUUCUUAAUCGGGCCAGAGGUUUCGGCCCAUUUCUUCAAGGCCCCGGAAUCCGAUCUCAGCCAGCAGGAGGUGUACCAGUUCAAUGUGCCCACGUUCGGGCCGGGCGUGGUGUUUGAUGUUGACUACUCUAUUAGACAAGAACAGUUCAGGUUCUUCACUGAGUCUCUUAGAGUCAACAAGCUGAAAGGCUAUGUAGAUCAGAUGGUUAUGGAAGCUGAGGAGUACUUCUCGAAAUGGGGAGAGAGUGGCGAAGUGGAUUUAAAAUAUGAACUGGAGCACUUGAUCAUAUUGACGGCUAGCAGAUGUCUGUUGGGCGAAGAAGUUCGCAACCAGCUCUUUGCUGACGUGUCGGCUCUAUUUCAUGAUCUGGACAACGGUAUGCUGCCCAUUAGUGUGAUCUUCCCGUACCUACCGAUUCCCGCACACCGACGACGUGACCGGGCCCGCAAGAAGCUAGCCGAGAUUUUCUCGAAUAUUAUUGCUUCCCGGAAAAAAACGGGCAAGGCCGAAAACGAUAUGUUGCAAUGCUUCAUAGACUCCAAGUACAAAGACGGGCGCCAAACCACGGAAUCUGAAGUUACCGGCUUACUCAUUGCCGCUUUAUUUGCGGGCCAGCACACUAGCUCUAUCACGUCAACUUGGACCGGGGCAUACCUCCUUUGCAACGAUAAAUACAUGUCGUCUGUGGUGGAUGAGCAGAAGAAUCUGAUGAGGAAGCACGGGAAUAAGGUCGAUCACGAUAUCUUGUCCGAGAUGGAAACCCUGUACAGAUGCAUAAAGGAAGCUCUGAGACUCCACCCGCCAUUGAUAAUGCUUCUACGAAGUUCGCACAGCGAUUUCAGCGUGACGACCAAGGAGGGAAUAAACUACGACAUUCCCAAGGGUCACAUCGUGGCCACAUCGCCCGCUUUUGCUAACCGCCUCCCUCACAUCUACCGAGAACCGAAUACUUACGACCCCGACAGGUUCUCCCCCGAGAGAGACGAAGACAAGGCGGCUGGACCGUUCUCAUACAUAUCGUUCGGUGGAGGCAGGCACGGGUGUUUAGGCGAACCAUUUGCGUAUUUACAGAUAAAAGCAAUAUGGAGCCACUUGCUGAGGAAUUUUGAAUUUGAACUGAUCUCGCCCUUCCCGGAAAUCGACUGGAAUGCCAUGGUGGUUGGUGUCAAAGGGAAGGUCAUGGUAAGGUACAAGCGUCGCAAGCUUUCUAUCGACUGAGUGCUGAACAAGACUGCAAUUUGUUCGAUUAUCAUUGUUUUGUUAGUUCCUCUCUCUACUUGGUUUCUUGAUAGUUUUCCUCUGCUUUUUUCUAGAUCUGAAUGUCUUGACUCUUGAAUGUGGUGUUAACAAAUGUAUGGUUUUCAUAUCUUUUUUGUGAGUAACUUUAUUAAGUUAGUUUUUUUUUGUUC